CAAAGAAUCUGUCAACCAUUUGCUCUGCACACUGAGAGAAUCCCUUCCAGACUCUCGCAGAACAGGACGUUUUAACCUGAAUUACUUUGCAAACCGGAGAAACCCCUCGAGGACUGACAGAAGAAUAGGAGGAUUAACACUGAAGGUGUUGAGGAAACUUGUUUGGCGAGUUUUUCUUCAUCUUGUUUGCAGAAAAGACCCCUUUCUCACUCCCUGGCAAGUGUGUUUGACUGUUCAAAUGGCAAACGGCACUGUUUACCAGAGCAUCGAGGACUGCCUGGCCACAAACACGGCUCUGUAUAAAUUCUAUGCAGCCGUCAUGAUUGUGAUUUUCAUCCUGGCUCUGCCUCUGAAUGCAUCCGUCCUCCACCUCUUCAUAUUCAAGCUGAAGUUCUGGAAAUCCAACACCAAUAACGUUUUCCUUUUCAACCUGGUGUUGGCUGACAUCCUCCUGCUCUUCUGUUUGCCCAUAAAGGCGUACAACUUCAUCCACGGAGAGAGGAGGAGUGACAACGACAAAGUUUGUAAAGCUAUGCUCUUCAUGUUGUUUUUAAACCGAGGAGCCAGCAUCGCCUUCCUGGCAGUGACUUCCAUCGAUCGAUACUUUAACGUGGUACACCCUGGUCGAAAGAAUCUACUGCGAGCCCUGAAGAAGUCUCCCCAGAUCUCGAUCCUCAUCUGGCUGCUUCUGCUGCCUCUCACUAUCCCCACCAUGCUCAAGAACUUUGACUGCUGCAACAGCCACAGCCAGAACCCCGAUGAAAGUAAACAAGAUGCUUUGGUGAAGGACGUGGUGGACAGUUUGCGAGAAGUGGUUUUCUUUACUCAGAUUCUGAUCCCGUUCAUCAUCCUGGUCUACUGCACGGUGCACAUCGUCAACCGCCUCAGGAAGAAAACAGUCGGCGAUAGGACCAAGCUGAAGAGAGCCGUCUUCCUGGUGACCUCCGUCAUGGUGGUGUUCUCCGUCUGCUUCCUCCCCUGCACCAUAGCCAGGAUGAUUCUGCUGAUCGCCCGGGUCCAAGAGUGGCGCGAGUCCUUUCAGGAUAAAGCGGCGGUGGCGUUUGACGGCCUCAUGGUGCUCUCCUACAUGGACUGUCUGCUGGAUCCGCUGGUCUACUGCUUCUGCAGCACCAAGUUUAAAGGGCUCUAUCUCUCCACUUAUUUCCCUUUCUUACUGAAAGGCGAUCAAGUGCCGACAGAAAGCUCAAUGGGAAACUCCACGCUGCCUCCGCGCAAUAAUGUCAUUUGAAAUGGUGACACCUGCACAACCCUAAAGGAUUACUACCUGAGACUGACAGUGUGCCCCGAACAAAUGUACUUCUGAAAGAGGACUGAAGGUAGUGCGCUGUGAAGACAAGAUAUAGAUAUUAUUUAAGUUUCUAUUCAAGCUUAAACUAUAAAUAUGUAAAUAUGAAGAUGUGUGUCAUGUGGUGCUCAGUACUGUAGCAGCGACUCUGCUUCUAGAAGAUAUUAACGCUGGUGGAUUUGGUCAAACAUGAGGUUUGUUUUAGGGGGGAUCCCCGUCAGCCAAAGUAUGCACAUCUGUUUUCCUGUUAGCCUUUGGACGGCGAGUACUUGUGACGAUAAAAAGUGUUAGAAGAAGAAUCUUAUCCGUCAAAAUGAGACCCAUCUCGCACAAGCUUAAUGUAAGCUCACAGUCGAAGCAGCUUUAGUGUUGAAGGCCGUCAUGUGACUGUGUGACUGCGUGACUGCGUGUAACUGAGGCCGUGGUGGAAAUAAGACUCGACCCUGAUGGUCCAGACAGGAAGCUGAUCCUUAACAGUCAUGUAUGUGGAGAGAAGUGGGAUGAAAUGUGCUGUACAUACUUUCUUAUAAUAAAGUGUAAAUGCUCACCAUCCACUGGUUAUUUAAA